AUGCCUGUAUAGGAGUUGUCUUAUGAGAUUGUGUGGUAAAUGACAAAUGUUACAAAGUAGGAGGACAUGUUGUGCAAAUUUUCUUAAAACAGUUGGAACACAAAAGAGGCAGGCAAACAAACAAACAAGAACUGAAUUCAGAGGGAGGAUGAAGAGGCUUGCAAGAAAAUGGAAGAAGAGAAAGAACAAGAAAUUUAAUUCCGACGAUGACGAUAGCGACGACAAUUUAUCUCUCCCAACCAGCUCCGAUUUUCAUCCACUUGAUACCCAAGAGCAAGAGGAGCUUGUUAGGUCAUUAGAAAGAUCUCAAGCUCAACAAUCUCGUCUUUGGAGGAGAGUGUUUGCGGGAUUGCUUUUUUGUUUCGCGGCGUUUCUUGUUUUCUCUAUACAUGGACAAACAACUAUGCCAUGGGAAUUGCGUUACCAUGCCUACUUCAUGAACGAGAUUGAGUCAUGGAUUGUGAUUGCUGCAGACUGGGUGGCAGUUUUAGUUUGUUCAUUGGCCAUUGCUGGCUUGCUUCAUAGCUCACGAUCUCAUCGACAAUGGCUUUGGUCCUCCUGCUGCAUUGGUGUUUUGCUAGCGGUUUUCUGGUUAUAUAAUAUGCUCAAGUUGCCAAAGUUUCGAUGGGAUGUUAUAUGGCUUCCUUUAGGUCCCUUGAGUGGAGCUGGGUUUUGCCUCUAUGUGGACACUCUUCUAAAUGAAUCAUCCGAGGAAGUAAAAAAACUCAGAGGCUAUAUGUACGCUUACAAAGCCCGUUGACUCGAACUAUGAUCCGCAAAAGAGAUGAUUCGCAAUUUACAGUAGUCCAAGGUAGUCGACCUGAGAUUGUUGAAUUUGUUUAAUUAAAGGCACAAAUUCCAAUAGAAAGUGUUGUUAGGAUCAUGUUUCACGUUUGAAAGACAAUUUUGUAUACUAUGUAGAUGGAAAUAAAGAGCGAGAGUUUGUUUCC